CAAAGAGGCAAUGGAAGCUUCCCGUUUAGGAACACAGACAAGGAGUGCCGAACUAUGCUUCCCUCUAUGUUACGAUCACCCCCGAGGAAGGACAAAAACCUAUUUAAAGUCGCUGUUAGUGACACAAUUUACCAUGAAGCAAUGCAUCACAUUCAGGUAAGUGUAGAAAACAAGACAACCAGCCCGAUAAUAGGAGUACUAUUACAGCCCAGGUUGAGCGGAUGUGAGGGACCGGAUGUCGAUCACAACGUGGGAGAGUUCGAAAUGAUUGUCGGAAAUGAUUACUUCAAAUUUCUCAACUGCAGAAGAAAUCCAAAGGGCGCGGUUAUAACCAAACACUGGACUGGUAAACCUUAUCAAGGAAAAAUAGAAGUCAAUUUUAUCAUUGCCAACACCAAGAGAAAGUUGAAAUUUAGAGCCACCAUCAUAAGCAGCUAUGGUAAACUUUAUGUAGAUAACGAUAGUGAGGAGAUUCGGUACGUGGCCAUAACAAGCAAUGACCAGGACGAUUCAAAGGAGUGUCCAAAACUCAAAGCACUUCCACAAAUUGCCGAAAAUGAGGCUAUAUCAUACCACAAGAGCAACAUGUUUAAGUUAUCUAUUCUUUUUUAUAUUUUGUUUUUCAUAACAAGGUAUUUGAUAACAUGAUUUGGACAUUGUUCUAAAAUACCUACUUUUCUCUGUAUGAAUUAAUUCCUUUUUCGAAACGAAUAAUUAAUACUUUACCUAAACAUUUGUACAUGUAUCCAGUUCUUUUAUAUACCGGUAUUUUAAAGAAAGAUAACUUGCAGAUGGAUGCAUUUCAAAUCGGACCGAUUGCUUUUGGGGCAAUCAAAGGCUUUUGUCAGAGUGUUCAACUGGGUAAUGCUGCUUUCCUGCGGCCAAAUUAAAUUUACGAG